ACGCGUACGGCGGAAGAGCAGGUGCAACACAAACCACCAAACCCACCAGCGGCAUCAUCAUCAUCACAACAACCGUUGCGGACAGGCCUGCAGAUCCUUUUUCUGCCAGAGGAACACAACCUUGUACCUUUUUUUAGCUGUCGAGAGUCUGUAGGCACGUCGACAUGACUCUGAACCAGAACCACUCUGAGUCCGGCGGAGUCAUCGUCAACAACAGUGAGAGUCUGUUGAUGAACUAUGAUAACGUGGAGCUGGUUUUCUGUGAUGCGGACAGUCUCCCUGAAGCCUUCAGAAAGAGCAAAAAGGGCAGCAUCUACCUAACUCCAUACAGGGUGAUCUUUCUGACUAAAGGCCGGGAUGCACUGCAGUCCUUCAUGAUGCCCUUCUACCUGAUGAAGAGCUGCGAGGUCAAACAACCUGUAUUGGGAGCCAAUUACAUCAAGGGCACUGUCAACGCGGAGCCUGGAGGUGGCUGGGAGGGCAGUGCUACGUUCAAGCUCAUCUUUGCUGCUGGAGGAGCUAUAGAGUUUGGCCAGUACAUGCUGCAGGUUGCAGCUCAGGCGUCAAGAGGUCAGCCAGUGACUUCUGGGUUUGGUGGAUGCCCCUAUAUGGCCAACGGCGCCUACUCUUACCCCCCUCCCCCUGCUAACGGGAUGUACCCUGCUGGUCCUCCGCCCGGCUACUCUUUCACCAACCCUCCUCCACCAGAUGGAUUCUACCCCAGCCCUCCAGCGUUUGAUGCCUCUGCCGCCUACAUACCUCCGCCUCCUUAUUCUGCUCCUCUGGGCCAGCAGCCCCCACAUGACCCAGACCUCCCCUCCUCAGCAGCAGCGGAGGCCAAAGCAGCCGAGGCAGCAGCGAGCGCCAGCUGUGCCACACUGCCUCCUACACAUGUGUACCUGCCACAGGACAAGCCUCCUCCCUACUCCCCUCCAGAAGACAAGAAGAACCAGUAGACGUGCUCGAUCUCCCCCUCAUUCAUGUGUCUCCCAUAAUCUCUCUCCUACUGGAUCACCUCGUUUCUCAUUCCAUUAACUGGACAUCAGGAAGGCCAAAGUUUUCCUUUUUAAGUCAUUCCUUUUAGUUUCACCUUUUUCCUCAUUCCAUCGCUUUCCCUCCUCAGCGUAUACCUUUUACAUUCCCUUCAUUGAUUCAUAUGAUGUAAUCAGCUUCAUUCUCUUCAGAAGCACUUUUACUUGAUGGAUAUUAGUAGCGAUCUUUGAGAGGAACAAGAUUUUUCAGGACAAAAUUGCUUUUUUUCCCAGUGUAGUGACAACCUGACCAGCUACUUUAGCAUCCAUUGCAGGCGUCCCAAGGAUGAUACCGCCACCUAAACUUUAAAUUCAGCUAGGUUGCUCACUAAAUCUGAUGGUGUUAAUUACUUUGCUAAUCUAUUCAGAGACAAGCUGAAUGCAGUUAUUUAUUUUUCUAUUAUUUGUGUGUACAGGCCUUGAAUAUGUAGACGUUUAAAAAUGAGAUAUUUUCUCAAGAACACUAACCUAGAAGGGGGGUGAAACAAGAAGCUUUUGUAGAGGGCAGACUGCAGGGUGGUCCCGGUCUGUUUUGACAUGUUUUCAUGGAUGAGAGGACCACAAAGAUUAAGAGCCACGUCGAGCCCCAGCAGUGAGUCCCUGAUCCUAGAUUAGAGCAGAGUGAGGGCGACCGGGGCCUGUAGGGACGUGCUGCCAGGAGGGAUUAUCUUUAUAAUGUACUAGAGAAGAGCAGUCGCCCAGUGAUGUCACUUCCUGUUUUGUCAUACCUCUGAACAUUCGAGAAUACACACGGUCAGACUCCGCCGCCAGCCUGCUUCACCUUUCAUUCUUCUAACGUACAUUUCAAACAUUAUAGAAACAAACAAGACCAUUAGAGGAUUUUCUCACUGUUUCUAUUUUCUGUGGUCGUGAUCUUAACUCUCCAGUUUGAGGUCAGUCUUUGCAUCUGAUCCGAGCACCUCAGUAUCUGAGCCUGUACUCUUCCUUCCUUUUAUGGUCACUAAUCUAUAAACUGUAUCUGUGGCACAUCCGUGGCUGAUUCUUUGCACUUUCAGAAUGCUAUGCAUCGGGCUCCUAUUUGCUCUGUCAUGGCUGUGUGUAUAAUAAUAACAACAAUAAUAAAGCUCUGUAUUUAUUUCAAACUAAUUUAUUGAAUAAUUCAUGUAAAAUGGCUCAAGUAAGAAAAACAAAGCACGAUCUUAACUAAUGCAUGUAUGCAUUGGAUUGGAUUUUAUUAAAUGGAUCUUGAUUCAUG